CUACACGCGCGUGGCGAACAAUUUGACAAGUGGCCUCGAAAGCCUGUGACCAUUAUGCACUAAAAUACAAGUAUGGCGGAUGGAGGUAGGGAUGGUCCAAUAGCUGCUGCACCAAAACCACCGAAAUCCACCGCCGACGCCACCGUCGUCGUCCACAGACGCCGCCAUCAAUGGGUGCAGCAGAGCAGGAAGGAGAUGAGAGAGGUUUGGGCGAGGAAAAUGGAAGCAGGAAGGUGGAUGAGAAGGAGAGGAUCGAUUUGGAGAAAGGCGAAUCGAAAAUUGACGGAGAAUCAGUUCAAACCCGACCUCCGGACGCUUUUCACAUGUCGAGAAUGCAGAGAUUGAGCGCGACGAAUCCUCUCCGUCUCGUGAUGAAUAAUGCGACGAGAGUUGCCUCUCCUUAUCCUUCACAUCAUCAUCCUCCUCCGCCUCGUCCUCCUCCGCCGACGCAGCAGCAACCGCAACCGCAACCGCCGCCGCCGUCGACGACGACGCAAUCGCAGCCUCGGUCGACGCCUAACUCCCAACCAUCGUUUGCCUCGCUCAAUUCUAGAUCAUACACGAACAGGAUCUCCUUAUUCCUGUUCGUCGCGCACAUGGUUCUGGCCGUCGGACUCGUCGGAUUUUUGAUCUUCAGAGGCAUUAAAGGCUUGAUUGAAGAAGGUAGGGCUCAGAGGAGAGAAAAAAAAGUGCUAAAGUAUUUCCUACCUCAGGUUGAGGCCGCUUCCUUCCUCAGCGUAACUCUGGCCUUCGCAUGGCAGAAGGCAGUCCGAGUUUGGCCUAAAUUCAUGGUCCAUUUCAUAAUCUGGAGCUCCUUCUUCCUCACCUUAGCCGCCGGCAUCCUCCUGAUAUGCUACCAGACGCAGGCGACCAGCGGCAUUGGCGUCCUGUUCAUCGCCUUCGCCAUUGGAAAUGGUCUCUACGCGUGUUGGGUGACUCAGAGGACCAGUUUUUGCUCUAAGGUUUUACUCAAAGCCCUCGAACCUGUCCCGAAAUUCCGGGAUUUGAAUCACCCUACGUAUUGCAUGCUUGCUGCCGGAUUCCUCUGGAUGUCGUUUUGGAUAUUGGGCGUGAUCGGCGCGCUGAAUUUCUACGUGCCGCCGCUUGUUAUAGUCGUGUUGGUUGUCAGCCUGGCUUGGACUGCCGAGGUCAUGAGGAACGUCGCGAAUCUGACGGUUAGCCGUGUGAUUGCUCUGUAUUACCUCCGGGGGAUACAAUCGACUACGCAAUUUUGCUUCCAACGAGCCCUGACAAAGAAUCUUGGCAGUGCUUGUCUCGGAUCGAUCUUUGUUCCAUCGAUUGAAGCCUUGAGAAUCGUUGCUCGCGGCCUGAAUUUGCUCGAGGGGGAAGACGAGUUCAUGUUUUCUUGCGCCCAUUGCUGCCUCCGCGUCAUGGAGUCGAUAUUCAGGCGAGGAAACGGAUGGGCUUACGUUCACAUUGCGGCGUAUGGGAAAGGCUUCGUAAAAGCGUCACAGGACACAUGGGAGCUCUUCGACAAGCGGGGAAUGGUGCAAGUCGUCGACUCGGACAUCACCACUGCCCUUUGCUUCCUCACCGGAGUCUGCAGCGGUUCCAUCUGCACGAUCGUCGUCGCCGCGUGGACAGCCACCGUCCACCGCGGCUACAUUGGGACACUCUCCGUCCUCGCCGCGUUCAUUGGCUACCUAAUGACGAGGAUCGCGAUGGCAUUGCCUCACGCCUGCGUGAGCUGUUACUACGUAUGCUUCGCGGAGAACCCCGACAACAGGUUGUUCGACACGACGAUACCGGAACGAAUGGAGGCGAUCAAAUCGGGUCGCGACGCAUUUGUCCCGACGCCGAGAGUGCCCCGGAGGUUCCAAUGACGGGUACGUUCGUUGUGUGUGUAUCGUAUGUACAUUAACACUUAGUUUUGAUAACAAGAUGUAACAUAGUAAUUUAUUUUCUUGAUUGUGAUUAUUGUUGUUAUUGAAAUUCAAUUAAAAUUGAUGAACACUUUUUGAAUCGCAUUGAUAGAUUCUUGUCGAAGAACAAAGGGAAUGUGUCUUAUUGUAAAAAGACACAGAAAAAAAGUGAGAUAAAGAAUGUGUCUUUUGGGGUCGUGACUUUAUGGGAAUAUGAUCAAAUUUUCAAUUCCUUUUU